UCCAUCCCUCCUUCUCACUUGUCAUACUGAUUCUUAGCGGCACUGUAAUUGUGUAGAGUCAUUCGCAAACGUCACGCGGUGGCUACAGGAAAUUCAGUCGUAUGCGUCUGAAGGGGUGAACAAGCUCUUGGUUGGAACUAGGUCAGAUUUGACGAGCAAGAAGGUUGUGGAAUACACCGUCGCCAAGGAAUUCGCCGACCAGUUGGCUAUUCCCUUCUUUGAAACUUCCGCGAAGAGUUCAACUAAUGUGGAACAAGUUUUCUUGACCAUGGCUAAGCAGAUUAAAGACCGGUUGGGGUCGACCUCUACAUCAGCUAGCGUGGUCGCUCCUGGCCAAUCAGUAGCUGAGCCGCGCCACUUACUCUCCGUCCUCCCCGCUCCGACCCUCCAGUCUGACACUCGUGCGUCACCCGCCAAUCACCUGCUCGCCGACUCUACAGGCGCUACACGAGUAUCCGGUCCCCCGACUCCAGAGAAGUCAGUCAAGGAGGGCCUAGUUGCCACCCCUCUAAUAAUUUCACCCUCAACCCCUGUCAAACGCCCAACUGAGAGUCAUGUUACUCGUUCGGGUGAAGUUGAGGAGGUAGAGGUGUUGGGUGCAUUUGAUUGCCGUGAUCUCACACAACAAAUCUCUUCGAUGCGCCAAGUCGACAGAGGAGGAUACUCGCUCGUGUACAAAGGCACAUGGGUGCCCGACCCACCGGGCACUCCCACCCAAGAUUCGAAUCCUCAGGAGAAACAAUGGAAGCGCCUGAAAAGAGAGAUGCGUGUAUGGUCGCGUCUGAGCCAUGCCAACUUGGUUCCACUACUGGGCUACGUGAAUGGUGUUCAUGGCCCUGGUUUUGUCUCUCCUUGGUAUUCAGAGAGGGACGCAAUCAGCUUCCUCAAAAACCAUCCCAGUGCUAACAGAAGCAUGAUUUGCGCUGAAGUAGCAUCAGGAUUGGAAUAUCUCCAUUCGCAACUUCCCCCAAUCGUACAUGGUGAUAUCAAGGGGCAAAAUAUUCUGAUCGCCUCCGACGGACGUGCCUGUAUCUGUGAUUUUGGCCUCUCGAGGAUCUUGGACAAUAAUCCCACAGGGUUCACAUUCACGACUGUUGGAAUGAGCCUUCGCUUCUCAGCUCCUGAAUUACUGGAUCGUGAGGACAAGACAAUGGAAGCUGACAUUUACGCUUACGGGUGCACUUGCAUUGAGAUCUUACUAGACAAAAGACCGUAUGAAACCAUCCGCAGCGACAAGGCCCUCUUAGCUGCAAUUGUGAGCGGCACGCCGCCUAUUGCUCCUGAACAGCUGGAAGGGUGUAAGUCACUCCUUCCGCUUCACAUUUUAAAACAAUGUUGGAAUGUGGAGCCAUUGGAUCGACCACAAGCUAAGCAAUUGACUGAAGUCUUUCGAGGUGCUAUUGUGAGCCAUGCGGACUAAUCCUAAAUACAUCCCCCAGCAUGUUCCUCAAGGGUCAUACACCAGCAACAAGAAAUCUUUCUAAAUUGUACCAGAGAUAUGUGCAUGCUAGAGUCAAACACUAACUGCGUAGAAUUCCGGGAUUUUUGGACAUGACACCUGGUUGACACGCGAUCGCAAUUACAAGGCCCAAACAAGGAUGGGCAACUGAAAUCCCUCUUCUGGCCUGGAUUUGGCUCACAAUGCUGAGAGUAGAGUCAAUCAGGAAUCUAUCUUUCACUUUCACUUUGCUUUUGCCUC